AUGUCUUCUAUGUCUAAAAAACAGGACAAAAUCAAUGUUCGUGUGGCAGUAAGGGUUAGACCGAUGAGCGAUGCUGAACGUGCCGACAAUGCGACGUCCAUCGUGAAAGUCGAAGAGAAGAAAAUGACGGUCACUUGUAAAUCGAAGGUUUACGGAACUUCUGCUAAUCAGGAGCGCAUUUACAAGGAAAUGGUUUCCCCACAAGUGGAGAGAGUCCUUGCUGGAUACAACUGCACUUAUGGACAAACUGGGACGGGGAAGACAUACACGAUGGAAGGUGGCUGUGCUAGCGAUGCUUCUUAUAAAAAUGACCCUACAACUGGAAUCAUCCCUCGUGCUGUUGAGCAUAUUUUUGAAGAGCUAGAAAAGUCGAAUACCGAAGAGUACAGCAUACGAGUUAGUUAUCUUGAGCUGUACAAUGAGGAAUUGUAUGACUUACUAGCUCCUACAUCAGAUGACCGAGAGCGUCUGAGAAUAUUUGACGACCCAUCGAAAAAGGGUAUGGUAGUGGUAUCUGGUGCGGAGGAGCUGCCAGUGAGGAAUCGUUUUGAAGUGUACAAUCUUUUAAAAAGAGGAGCUGACAGACGAGUAACUGCUGCCACUCUCAUGAAUAUGAAUUCUAGUCGUUCUCAUUCAAUCUUCACAGUUAGCGUUGUUCUUAGAGAGAACACUCAGAAUGGGGAGGAACUGGUGAAGCAGGGUAAACUUAAUUUGGUUGAUCUCGCUGGGUCAGAACACAUAGGUCGAUCUGGAGCUGAAGGCAAACGGGCUAAGGAGGCAGGAAAUAUCAACCAGUCACUGCUCACCUUGGGUCGCGUUAUCACUGCCCUGACAACAUCUGCUCCUCAUGUGCCCUAUAGAGAAUCUAAACUCACACGUCUCCUACAGGAUAGUCUUGGUGGUAGCACUAUUACGUCCAUCAUAGCUACGUUAUCACCAGCAUCUACUAAUUACGAGGAGAGUGUAUCAACCUUAGAGUAUGCUGCAAGAGCAAAGUCCAUACGCAAUCAUCCAGAAUGUAAUCAGACCUUAACCAGGAAAGCGCUACUUAAGGAAUAUAAUGAAGAAAUCGAAAAGCUCCGAAGAGAUCUUCGCUCUGCUCGCGAAAAGAACGGCAUUUUCCUUAGCCAAGAGAGCUACACUGGCAUGGAAAAUGAGAUCGCGACGAAAACGGAACAACUUCGAGAAUUAGAAGGACAACUGGAUGCUGCUAUCAAAAAACUUCAAAAGGUAUGUUGA